AUGCUUUUCUUCAAAAUUGUCAUUGCUGCUGUUCUAGCAGCCACAACCUCCGGCAGCCCGGUCCAAGAUGACCAAACUUUCACUCGUGAAGUCCUACAACGUCGAUUUGUAGAAUUUAGUCCCAUCAUUGAAAAGAGAUCACCUCUCAAAACUCGUGCCUCCCAAAUGGUUCCCCGUGGUGGACCCGGUUUCAAUAAACCCUGCGAACUAUGUGGAACCGUUUGUUGUUAUUGA